UCCGCAGCCAGUCGGGGCGGAGAGGCGGCACUGGAGGGCUCCUCCGCCAGCAGCCGGGCGGGCAGCGGUGCACAUGGCAUGUCUGAUGGCGGCUUUCUCCCUGGGCAGUGCUUUGGGUGGCAGCAGUUCUGGUUGCACCAUGGCCGAGCCCAAGUCUGUGUGUGUUUCUGUGGACGAGGUGGUCUCCAAUGGCACAGACACCCAGGACAUUCACCUCAUCAAUGGACACUUAAAAAAAGUGGACAAUGCUCUGACAGAAGCUCAUAGGUUCUCCUACCUGCCCCGCAGGCCAGCUGUGAACAUUGAGUUUAAAGAACUAUCCUACUCUAUCCAGGAAGGGCCAUGGUGGAGAAAGAAAGGUUAUAAGACCCUUUUGAAAGGAAUUUCAGGGAAGUUCAGCAGUGGAGAACUCGUUGCAAUUAUGGGACCUUCAGGAGCUGGGAAGUCAACACUUAUGAAUAUUCUGGCAGGAUACAGAGAGACAGGGAUGAAGGGAGAAAUCCUCAUCAACGGGCAGCCCCGCGACCUGCGCUCCUUCCGCAAGGUCUCCUGCUACAUCAUGCAGGAUGACAUGCUCCUUCCUCACCUCACUGUCCAGGAAGCUAUGAUGGUAUCUGCUCAUCUGAAACUUCAAGAGAAAGAUGAAGGGAGGAGAGAAAUGGUGAAGGAAAUCCUGACAGCCCUUGGUUUGCUGACGUGUGCCAACACGAGGACUGGGAGUCUCUCUGGGGGCCAGAGGAAACGCCUGGCCAUUGCUCUGGAGCUGGUGAACAACCCCCCUGUCAUGUUCUUUGAUGAACCCACCAGUGGCUUGGACAGUGCAUCGUGUUUCCAGGUGGUCUCUCUGAUGAAGGCUUUGGCCCAGGGUGGCAGAUCCAUCAUCUGCACAAUUCACCAGCCCAGUGCAAAACUGUUUGAGCUCUUUGACCAGCUCUAUGUUCUAAGUCAAGGUCAGUGCAUUUACCGUGGGAAGGUAACAAACCUUGUCCCCUACUUGAGAGAUCUGGGGCUGAAUUGUCCAACCUACCACAACCCAGCAGAUUUUGUGAUGGAAGUGGCCUCGGGUGAGUACGGGGACCAGAGCGGCCGCCUGGUCAGGGCGGUCAGGGAGAGGAUUUGUGACUCAGACUACAAGAGAGACGUGCCUGGGGAGCACGAGCUGAACCCCUUCCUCUGGCACCGGCCCUCUGAAGAGGACUCCUCCUCCACUGAAGGCUGCCACAGCUUCUCUGCCAGCUGCCUAACCCAGUUCUGCAUCCUCUUCAAAAGAACUUUCCUCACCAUCAUGAGGGACUCGGUCCUGACACACCUGAGGAUCACCUCACACAUUGGCAUUGGGCUCCUCAUCGGAUUGCUCUACUUGGGCAUUGGCAAUGAAGCCAAGAAAGUCCUCAGCAACUCGGGGUUCCUCUUCUUCUCCAUGCUGUUCCUCAUGUUUGCUGCUCUCAUGCCCACUGUCCUCACCUUUCCCCUUGAGAUGGGAGUAUUUCUCAGAGAGCAUCUGAACUACUGGUACAGCCUGAAAGCCUAUUACCUGGCCAAGACCAUGGCUGAUGUUCCUUUUCAGAUCAUGUUCCCUGUGGCCUACUGCAGCAUCGUGUACUGGAUGACCUCCCAGCCCUCCGACGCGCUGCGCUUCGUCCUCUUCGCCGCCCUGGGCACCAUGACAUCCCUGGUGGCUCAGUCCCUGGGCCUGCUCAUAGGGGCAGCCUCCACAUCCCUCCAGGUGGCAACUUUUGUGGGCCCAGUUACUGCCAUCCCAGUCCUCCUGUUCUCUGGGUUCUUUGUCAGCUUUGAUACCAUCCCAACAUACCUCCAGUGGAUGUCCUACAUUUCCUAUGUCAGGUAUGGGUUCGAAGGCGUCAUCCUCUCCAUCUACGGACUGGAUCGAGAAGAUCUGCAUUGUGACAAAGAUGACACCUGCCACUUCCAAAAAUCAGAGGCCAUCCUGAAAGAACUGGAUGUAGAAAAUGCCAAACUUUACCUGGACUUCAUUGUUCUUGGGAUUUUCUUCUUCUCUCUGCGCCUGAUUGCCUAUUUUGUCCUCAGAUACAAAAUCCGAGCGGAGAGGUAAAGGAGAAGCAGCUGAACCAAGGCAGUAGGAGAACUUUAGACAUCAAAUAGAGGGCACUUGACAUUGUCUCACUGUGGCAGGCUGGUCCCCAGUGGGGACAGCCAGAUGCUGUCCUGACCGAGCCCAUGGAGAGCCACAAUGGGAUAGUGGACGCCCAGUGUUAAGCCAAUCAGUCCAGUUGGGUUGGGUCAUGUUUUCAUUACACUUUCUAGCUUUAACUAGGAAGAAGAACUAUAGAAGGGAAUUUUACACCACAGGAUAUCAAUACCGAGGCAGUGUAACUGUAACAAGAAACCUGGCUGCAGGAGCUUUCCUUAUGAAAACCAAUUUUGGGAUAAGGUCACCAGGAUCCCAGUCCUGGUGGCCAGAAUAGUAUAAAUGUCAUCUCUAGUUGACAAGGUAGUGAGAUGCAAAAUGAGGUAUGCAAAGAAAAUAGGAUUCUCUCAUAUUUUUAAAUUUCAUCUUUGCAGUUUUCUAUGUAUUAUUUUGCAAUUUUUUCCACAGAAUUACCCCCUUCUGGCUAAAAGUCUGUAAAUGUAUUAAUAAGGUAAAGAUAUCUUUUUAAUAUGGAUACUUUUUUAAAAGAAACCUAAAGUGAUUCAAGUAAUUAUUUUUGUUUCUGUCUGAAUUUAGAAUUCUGGUGCUUUACUUGUCGAGCUGGUCUCAUAUCUGAAAACUGUAAUGAUAGGAGGAAAAGGCAGAUUCUCAAUCUGCACUGUGGUCCCAUUUGGAAGCAGCACUGGAUAGCACAUGCAGUUAGACAUGGUCAAGCUGUCACUGAAUGGUAUGAAAAAAAUAUUAUUUUGCAGUGUCUUUAAAUCCUUAGUGUUUGUGAUAUUUUGGGAUACUAGCUCUGUUCAUUAUCUGUUUGAUCUACCUCCUGCCACUGAAAAAAUCAAGGCACUCCAAGGCUUAUUUUUAUUUAAAUUGUGAAAGCAGGAUCUGUCCCUAAAGUGAUUGUUAAAGGAGUGCUCGAGCUGUCCACAGAUCAGAGCUUGGGCUGCUGUGUUAAAAGACCUGUGACUGCCUCAUCCAGAGGUGUUCAUUGUAUCUGCAGCACCCUCUGUGUGGGACCCUCCCAAAAACACACACACAUGACCUUGAAACACUGCAGCUCUAACUCUGCCAGGCAGUUUUGUUCUCUUCCCUAAGUCUACAUGCACAACAUGAGAAUCAAUUGCUCUGAACACCAAUGAAACUGUUAUGUUGGCUGUCUCACCUCUGUAAAUCUGGCAGGGGGAAUUCUGGUUCCAAGCUGAUGUGAAUUUUCAUGGGUUUGGAUUUUCAACCCAAAAUGAACCCACCAUCCUCACGCUGGACACCUUGGUGAGCUUUGGUGUAAAUUGCAGAGCCUUCUGCCACAACUGUGAAUUUAUCUGGGUGUCCCAGACCCCUGAGUGAGGCCUGAAUGUUCUGUAAAUGCAUUAUUCCCAUCAGGAUGAUGCACUCUUGCAGCUUGGAGGCAGCACAAUGUCAGCAAACCCUUGAGGAGCCCAGCAGCUCGUGGCAGCAGGGUAGAUAAGAGGGACCUGAUGCAUUUUCUGGCCCCUAGCUGUCAAAAAUCCACAAACUUUUCCAAGACUCUGUGGCUGUGUCUCUCCUAUGAUAUAAAUAGUGCCAGGCCCAGCUUUGUUAGUCCUCAGACAGCUGGGGUUAACAGGAAUGGCCCCUGUACUGACUUUUACUCAGCCCAAACACUGUCUGCCAAAGCUUUGGCUCUGCUGGUUGCAGCUCUGCCAUUUAGCAGGGGAGAAAAUUGUUUCCCAGUUUUCCUGGCCCAUGCCCAGGCUCUGUUUGAUUUACCAAUACAGACACAGACUGCAUGUAUCUGUUAAACUCAGGACAUCUGAACUAAGCCUGGGGUCUGGAAGGCUUUAAAUCAAUUCACAUAUUUUAGGAAGGCUACCUGAACUUUCCCUGAAAAUAAGGGUUACCUGUGAAAGCAAAAUCAAUCUUUACUGUAGAAGAAAACCCGAAUUCCUUGCACAGCCCCUUUGUAAAAUUUUUGUUGCUGUUCUUUCUCAAAAAGCUUUUGUGCAGCUAUGCAGCUUUUCCAGGCAUAAUCACGAGCAGGUACAAACCUCUAUGGCUGUCAGAUUUGAGAAAUUAAGAAUUUGAGCUAUUCCAAAUAAAACUCAUAGCUGUGAGCAGUUUUUAAACAAGGCACAAGCUGAAAUCUCUUUAGCACAACGUGCUUUGAUUAUUUCAAGACUCUCAACGUAUUUGUGACUAUCACAGGCAGUUCCAACACUUUUUGCAAGCAGACAAAGGACUUCAUUUGCCAAAUUCCUCUUGGCUUGCAGACUUGUGGUCCAAGCUGAGGUCAGAGCGUGUGACGUCCCUGGCACUGAGUCCCUUCAGGGUUGAUGUUUUGUGUUUACCAGACCAUUUACCAAAUGCACCCUGGCAAUGCCCUGCAGUGCUCCAGAGGAGGUGACUUUGCUGCCAUUCCCACACUGGCAUCCUGCAGGAUGCUGUUCUCUCCCAUCUAGACCAGUUUAGCUGUAUGAAUUCCUUGGAUACUGUCUUGUUGUCUGUGCCUGUUCCUCUGGUUUUAGACUGUCUCAUUUUAUGUUUUUAGCCUCCAGCAUGUCCUCCUGUACUGUAACUUUGUUUUGUGUUAUGGUAGCCAAAAAUCUGGUCCUCCACGGGUGUUCCUGAGAAAAUUCCUGCUCUGGGAAUAUUUUUUGUCACUCCUUUUUUUGUUAGAUAUGCCUUUUCCAGACUUCUGCUGGCAGCAUUUAGCUGGAAGUUACUAUUCUUAGGAAUGAUUUCAGACUGUAGUAUCCCAGUAAAGAGGUAAUUCUCUGGAGACUCAGUGACACACAGAUGAGAUAAUAAUUGUUUCUCUCCCUAGCUCACAAAUUAACUGAUGAUCUCUCUUUUGUCACUGCUUUGGGACAGAAGCAUUUAAAAUCCAUCCUAAUUAUGUCUUCAUCUACUGCAAAGACUUUUAAUGUAGUCUUAGGUUGGCUUUUUUUCUCUUUACUGGAGAUAAAUUCCAACAGGCUGGUCCAAAACACACUCCCAGGUUAAUGGGCUGAGCAUGCAGGUGCUCCUGUGUUGAGCAGCACUUUGUGAAGCUCUGGAGGCUUCACUUGGAGGAAAAAUAAGGCCAGCAAGGUUCUGAAGGCUUCUAAUGCUCAAUUUUCAAAUCCUCAGUUUUAUAGCCAUAUAUAAAGAGCCAUAAACUCUCUGAAAUCAAUGCCACUACCAGUUACCAUUUGAACCAGUCACAGCCUGGCUGAAAGUUAUGUAAGAGGCUGAAGGUUUCACUUGAAAACUGAAUGUAUGAUUUUGUUGGGAUUGCAGGAAGACUUUAGUGUCCUGCUGGCCUCCUUGUCCUGUUUUGACUUGUUUUGAGAUGUUGCUUUGGUUACUGUGUGCAUUAGUUAAGACUUUAGGUCCUUCACGCUUCUUUUGUUGUUUUACUUUGUGGAAACUUGCAUAUGAUUAAAAAUAACUUGAAGCAUUAUUAUUUACAAUUAAAUAAAAGAUUUAGAAAGCAGAUUCUACUCUUCAGAAAUUGAGAAGGUUCCAUUGUUACAGGUCAAAAUCAGAGGCCACCCUGAAAGAACUGGAUGUAGAAAAUGCCAAACUUUACCUGGUCAAAGGGAGUGGAAAGAGACUGGUGCUGAAAUCCUUUCCAGCUCUUGGAAUUUGGAGUACAAAGUAGCUAUUUGAAUUAAAAGAGAGGAAUAUGUGCACAUGGAACAGGGAGAGCUGGUUAUGUAAGUGGGAGAUAAUGAACUUGAGUCCAAGAACUGGAUGUCUCAGGUGAUUGACAGCUCUAUCCACACUUCUGUGUCAGACUCUGUGUUCUCAGCAGAAAGGAAUGUUUUAUUAAACACUUGUUUCUGGGAGGAAGUGUGGUACAUGCUGACCUGUGCCACCCCAGUGAUCCCCACACAGGAGAUCCUGCCUGACCCAUUUACACAGUGCUGGGUGGAUUUUGGGGUUCUGGGAACUGGGGAAGGCCAGCAAAGCAGAUAUCCUGGUGGGAAUCUGUUACAGACCACCCAGCCAGGAUGAGGAGGCAGGUGCAAUGUUCCAUGGGAAGUCUUGUGGUCUUGUGACCAAUGCCCCUUCUCCUGUGGGAGACUUUAACUUGCCAGAUGUCUGCUGGAAAUACAACACAGCAGAGAGGAAACAGUCCAGGAGGUUCCUGGAGUGUGUGGGGGUAAUUCCUGACACAGCUGGGCAGGGAACCAGGCCCUGGUGAUGCCCCACUGGCCCUGUUUGUGAGCAGAGGGUGGGUGGUGGGUGAUGGGGUUGUGGGAGAUCCUCUUGGGCACAGUGAACGUGAAGUGGGAGGUUCUGGUUCUUGGGGAGAUGGAGGGGUGGCAGCAGAACUUCUGCAGGGCGGACUGUGCUUGAGAGCUGGGCUGGCAGAGUCCCUUGGGAGGCAGCCCUGAAGGGCUGGGAAGUGCAGGAAGGCUGGGGAUGCUGCAGAAGGAACUCCUAAAGGCACAGCAGGAGCAGGCCAUCCAUGCCCUUGUGCCAGGGGAUCAGCCAGAGGGGCAGGAGGACUGGCCUGGCUGAGCAGAGAGCUUUGGCUGGAACUCAGGGAACAAAACAGGGUGUGUGACCUUUGGAAGAAAGGGCAGGCAGCCCAGCAGGACUACAGGGACACUGUGAGGUUAUUCAAGGAGAAAUUAGAAGGGCCAAAGCCCAACUAGAACUUAAUCUGGCUACUGCUGCAAAAGACAAUAAAAAAUAUUUCUGUAAAUACAGCACUAAGGAGAGUUUCCAUCCUUCCUUGGAUGCCAUCCUUUAUUUCCUACCAGAACAGCCCCAUGGGGUGCAACUGCUCAGGAAUUUCUGUGUGCACAUCCAUUUAUAAUGUAUGAUCAUGUGAAAAGCUGUUGGGAGCUUGAAGUAGGCAGAAAAUGACACCAUGUCAUGUCCUCUGUGACAGCUUGUGACAGGCUGAUCACUGCAGUGCCACACAGCACUGGUGAGUGCAUUAAUUAAGUGCUGAGUGCCACUGGAGUUAAUCAGGAGCUGUGCCAUUUGUGAACAGGGGCAGUGGCAUUUUCAGGGAUCGACUCCUCUCAAAUUCCUGUUCCUAUAAUACACAGAGGGGUUGGUGUGGGGCAUCCCACUGAGUGAUUUUUGUCAGCCCACAUAGCACUCUUCAUACUCCAUGUCUAAAAGUUUCAGGUUUGAGCCUGCAAACACAGCAAGUUUCAUUUUAAUUCUGUUUAAUGCUUUAUUUCUGUUUCUGUGCAUAUUUCACAUAGAGUUUCUGAAGGAGUAAUUGUACAAAAUUUAGCAGCAGUCUUUUUGUUAUUUUGAAAUCUUACAAAGAAUGAUAAUUUUAUGCACUUGUCAGCUGUAGAACCUUUCUUUAAGAGAUUUAGGUUUCUGUUGGGACCUGUGAAACCAAGGGUGACCAGCCAGGAUGUGUCUCCUGUGACACAAACGUGGCCAUGGCUCAGCCUGCAUUCUCUGCACUGGUUGUGCCUUCAGGACACAUCCAGCUUUGGCUGGUUCUUUUUUUUCCCCCCCUGGGGGUUCCCCUGCAGCUCAGCCCAUGCCCAUCAAUUGCUGGUGUCCCUUUUUUCUGGCUAUCCAUGGCUGCUGUCCAGCUGGGCUGUGAGAACGAGCUGCUUGGGAAGAGUGCAGGAUGGGUCAAGGUGGAGGGAUGGCUUUGAGGCUUCUCUGAGCUACCAAAACCCCAAUGUGCUGGAUCAAUGUGCUAUCAAAACCCCAAUGUGCUGGAUCUCUGGGUGUGCUUCACUCAAAAUAAUUUAAAAAUGUCUUUUCCAGCAGAUUGCAAGGCCACAUGGAAGCUUCUACUUUUAAAGGUUGACGGGGUUUUCUACUUCAGUGGCAUCUGUGAUGUCUCUUUUUCUGACCCUGUUGUAGCUUAUUUUAGUGGCCCAUUUAGGGUAAUCAUUAUACAAACUCCUUUCUGUCACUUCCAGAAACAAACUUUCCUGGCCUCAGUGAUAAUUACACCAACCUUUCCAAAUGUGAAUUAGUUGUUGAACAUUUUUUUAAUAUGGGAAAAAAAUCUCUUAAAUUAUGGCAAAGGAAAAUUAAAAUUGAGACUAUUACACUGAUAUACCUUAAAAGAAGAAGAUAACAAGUCCUGCAGUGGGGCCAAGCCUUCACCUGUGUCAGUGAAGAUUUAUCAAAUACCUUUUCUGAGUCAGUUGACCUUAUUGUGAGAUUCUGCCCUUGAACCUGUUACUGAAUUAUUUAACAUUUGGUUCUUUUGUUUUUCAAAGCAAGAGUCAAUGCAAGGUAUGAUUUAAAAUCAGCGUGCUAAAGUGUGCAUACUCUGAAUAUCUAAUAUGUCAUUGUUGUCUCUUGUUUCUGUAAUGCAUUUGCAUUACUAUGAAUCAAUUUUAUUCUGCUUCUCUAGAGACUAUUGCUGCCUGCACGCUGUGAUAUAUUUGCACUGUUGUAGAUAUAUAUAUAUACAUAUAUUGUAAUUAUAUUAUACAAACCAUGUCUUUUUCAGGUUGCUUGUUACCUUUGUAGUUUAUGCUUCCUGGUACAGUGGACCUGAGUAAAAAUGUGGGAUGUGGGGCAUUCUGAUGAUAUAUUACAGUAAUAGAGAAAUCUUUGUAUAUUUCUGUAUACUUAAUACCUGUAAGAAGAGAUUUGUAUGUGCAUUAUUUUCCAGACUUAGGGCUUUGUUUUCUGAGACUAGAGAACAUUUAUGAUAAUGUAACACACACACACACACACACAGAAAAAAAUCAAAUAAAGUGUUAUUAUUUUCAGA